AAUUUAUUACAUUGAAUGUAACUCACACACUGCAACUAAAUUCCAUAUCAUUUUCAUAAUCUAGUACUCAAGAACCAAGUGAACUGCCACACGAGUAACUAUUACUACUAUUCCACUUGAGGCUGCAGCUACUUCCACUUCUCCCUCCUUCAAUCCCAGUUGAAAACAAGGUUUUUUUUUUUUUUUUUUUUUUUUUUUUUUCUUAAUUAUGAUUUGUUGUUUAUGGGUUCGGAGUGAAGAUUACAACGUAAUCUUUACAAAUUCCCUGUAUGUUGUCACAUGAAAAAACAACAUGAGUGUUUUCAGGUGCUACCCUUGCUUAGAUCUUGAAUCUAUGGUUUUUCCGAUCGCGUUUGCUGUAAUGAUUCUUGUUUUUCCGGUGGGUGAAGCAGCGGAGCUGUCGGCGCGCUCGCUCGACGCACUGCUUCAAGAACGGGCGUUCCGGGCACUUGUUAGGCCGAAAACCGGCGUUCCAUACGCCGGGAAAGUGCCGGCCGGCCUGGCCGGAAUUGGGGUUUCGGCGUUGAGGCUGAGGAGUGGGAGCAUGCGGCGGAAAGGUUUCGGGAAUUUCAAGGAAUUUACCGUUCCGGUCGGAGUGGUGGCGCAGCCGUACGUGGAGAGGCUGGUUCUGGUUUACCACAAUUUAGGAAACUGGUCCGAUGUUUAUUACCCUCUGCCGGAAGGUUACGUCCAUUUGACGCCGGUGUUAGGCCUCCUGGCCUACGACGCCGCCAAUCUGUCGGCUUCGGAGCUGCCGGAGCUCGAGCUCCGGGCGUCGGAGAAUCCGAUGCUGAUCAAAUUCUCAUCGCUGAAACCGCCGCCCACGGCGGCGGAAACGGCGGCGACGGGAACAAUGUCAGCCAAAUGCGUGUUCUUUGAUCUGCACGGAUCUUUGGAGUUCGACAACGUGGUCGACGGGAACAUAUGCAGAGGGACAAAACACGGCCAUUUUUCCAUAAUCCUCGAGUUUACAGUUCCGGUGCCAGCUCCGGCGGUGGCGGCUACCGGAGAAGACAACACAAACAAGAAGGAAAAUAAAAAGGGGGAUAAUAAAAUCCUAUGGGUGACGUUCGGGACAGUGAUUGGAGCAGUUGUGAUGGCGAUUUUCUUGAUCUUCAUUUUCGUGUGUACGAGGAAAAAUAGGCGGCAGGAGAGGAUACAUAGAAUGGAAGAGGCGUCGGAACGCGGCGUGCCGCUGCCGAUGGCAACUGUCGGCCACACUCGUGCCCCCGUGGCUUCCAAGACUCGGACCAAGCCAUUGUUAGAGAGUGAAUAUGUUGUUUAAUU